CGUCGUGGUAAUUUUCGAAAUAUACAAAGGCAAUCGAAGACGAGGUUCGAUAAACGAUCUUGAUAGUUCCGACGAGCUGAUAUAGUCGAUCAUCGGUGGGAUUAGAGUGGCGAUAGCGCGUUAUAAAACGCGGAAAGGAUCCUCGAUCGACCGAAUCGGUAUCGACGCGUUUGACGAAAAGUGGUUUUGUUUGGAAGUCGGCGGUUCGUUUGAUCCAAUCGCAUCUGGCCCGACUAUUAUUCAAUUUCUCGGGUCAACUCGGUACAGGAGACGUCACGCAAGAAAGAGCUCGAAUUUGGUUUUUCGUAAGUGGCACAUGCGCACUAGAUGGAGGCAAAAGCGGCCAAACGAGGUUUAGGUGGCGUUGGGUAUAGCGGCGCCGUGUCCUCGACGUCGGGAGCGCAACUAUACCGUGGCGUCGGACUACUUUGCUUCACCUGCAGCAUCUGCUUUAUUCUCAGCCUGAUCUGCACGUGUCUGGCUACGUUGCUGGUCAUCCUCGAUCAGAAAGUCGAAGCCGCCAGCUAUCAAUACUCUCUCGCCACGAUGAACCAGCGAUCGAACCCCGAUUCGUCCUUUCGAUUACCGAAGGACGUGACUCCUCUGCACUACGAUGUCUACUUGCACCCAGACCUCGACAAGGGCACCUUCCAGGGUAAAGUUACGAUCCUGAUCGACCUGCUCAACAGGAGGAAUAGCAUAGUGGUUCACCAGAAGGAUCUGAACAUCACCUCCGCCACCUUGAAGACCUACGAUCGCGAGGAGAACUACGAGAUCAAGGUUCUCGAGAUCGCGCAAAUAUCGCAACACGAAAUGGUCACGGUCACGGCGGAAAAUGAACUCCACUCGGGACUGUAUCACUUGACCUUUGAGUUCAGCGGCGCGUUGCAACCCGACAAGAUCGUAGGCCUGUACUCCAGCAGGUACAAGGACGAGGCGAACAAUACCAGAUACAUCGCCACGUCAAAGUUCGAGCCGACCUACGCCAGAAGAGCAUUCCCGUGUUUCGACGAGCCAUCGUUCAAGGCAGAAUACACGGUGAAGCUCGUUCAUCCUACCGGCGACUGUUACAGUGCUCUGUCCAACAUGAACGUCGAGAGCACCCAGGUGAAUCAUCCGUCACGCGGACUGACCACAGUGACGUUCGCAAAGAGCGUGCCAAUGUCCACGUAUUUAACUUGCUUCAUAGUCAGCGAUUUCGUCGCCAAGACCAAAAUGGCGAAGGGCCUGAACGGUCGUCAGUUCCCGGUGAGCGUGUACACCACCAGGGCCCAGAAAGAGAAGGGUUCCUUCGCCCUCGACGUAGGCGUAAAGAUCAUCGAAUACUACAUCGGCCUUUUCGAUGUCGAUUACCCGUUGCCGAAACUUGAUAUGGCGGCCAUUCCCGACUUUGUGUCCGGCGCUAUGGAGAAUUGGGGACUCGUCACAUACAGAGAAGCGAGGCUGUUGUACAACGAGGGUACGAGUAGCACUGCAAACACCUACGACAUCGUCACCGUGAUCAGCCACGAGUUCGGGCACAUGUGGUUUGGAAAUUUGGUCACUAUGUCCUGGUGGAACGAUCUAUGGCUGAACGAGGGCUUCGCUUCCUUCAUGCAGUACAAAAGCGCCGAUGGAAUUUUCUCGGACUGGGGAAUGAUGGACUUCUUCCUGAUCGAACAAAUGCACAGUGUGUUCGUGACGGACGCGAAACUGAGCACCCACCCGAUCGUGCAGACCGUCAACAACCCCGACGAAAUAACCGCGAUCUUCGACGAGAUAUCCUACAAAAAGGGAUCCUCGUUGCUUCGAAUGAUGGAGAACUUCAUCGGGCCCGACUCCUUCUACGCCGGUAUCCACACUUACUUGAACAAAUUCAUGCUAGCCAACGCUGAGACGGCAGACUUUUUCAAGAUCUUGCAAGACGUUUCCCCGGCGAACGUGAACGUGACGGCGACCAUGGACACGUGGACAAGACAGAAAGGUUUCCCCGUGGUGAACGUGAGAAAGUCCGGCAAUAAAUACGUGUUGACGCAAAAACGAUUCUUGACCAAUCCUGACGCCCAAUUCGAUGUCUCUGACUCCGAAUACGGCUACAAGUGGACCAUUCCUGUCACUUACAUCACGAGCAGAACGUCCGAGCCUACGCUUUUGUGGUUCCAGAAGGAUGCAGAGAACUUGGAGAUCGAGUUUAACGAGACGAUCGACUGGAUCAAGUUCAACGCGAACGAAGUUGGAUAUUAUCGGGUCAAUUACGAACCGACCGAGUGGGAGAUCCUUAACAAUUUGCUUCGAGAUCAUCACAAGAAAUUGUCGGUGUCGGACAGAGCGCAUCUUUUGGAGGACGCGUUUAGUUUGGCAGCUGCUGGGGAACUCGAUUACGGAGUCGCGAUGAACAUGACCGCGUACCUUCCCAAGGAACGCCAUGUUGUCCCGUGGAUGGUCGCCGCGUCGAAAUUGACAGCCAUCGAUACACUGUUAUCGUCCAACAGCUCGUCGUCCAAGUUUAAGCAAUACGUGAGAAAUUUGUUGGACGAUAUUUACAAUCACGUAACGUGGACCGUUGGAGACUCCAACGAUCGCAUCACUCUGAGACUUCGAACGUCUGUUCUUGAAUUAGCCUGCUCCGUGGGACACCAGGCGUGCCUGUUUCACGCUGGAACUCUGUUCACCAGUUGGAUCCAAGAUGCAACGGAUGUUCGUCCACAUCCUGACAUUCGACAGCUUGUUUAUUAUUACGGGAUGCACGAUGUCGGCGACGAGGAAGCGUGGAACAAGAUGUUCAAACGGUUCGUCGCUGAAACCGACUCGACGGAGAAGCUGAAAUUAAUGCGCGGAUUGGCCGGAAUACGAUCCGCCUGGAUUCUGAACAUAUUCAUAACAACAGCCAAGGACGAGAAUUACGUUCGCUCUCAGGACUUCUUCGGUUGCCUGUCGGCCAUUUCCGGGAAUCCCGUGGGAACUCCGCUCGUUUGGGACUGGGUUCGUUCCAAUUGGGAGUUCCUCGUGAACAGAUACACCUUGAACGAUCGUAACCUCGGUUCUUUGAUACCGGAAAUCACCAAGACCUUCGCCACGGAGACGAAACUGAACGAGAUCCAUGCGUUCUUCGCCAAGUAUCCAGACGCCGGCGCUGGUGAGAUGAAUCGCGCGAAAGCGUUGGAAACGGUGUCGAACAAUAUCAAAUGGCUGGCGAAAAAUAGCGGAAAGCUGGAAAGCUGGCUGAACGAACACGUGGGAACCAAUUAAGCGGCUUACAUAUAUGUGCUUGUGUGUUUGUGAGCUUGUGCGCGUGCGUUGACGAUCCACGCCAAAGAAAGAUGCAAUAAGCAUCGACAUUGACAAAUUUAAGGGGGUAUUCUACUUUUAGGUCCUAGAUCAUUUAUUGGCAAGGUAAAAAUAUUAAUAAUUGGCCAUUCUGCAUUUAAUUGGGACGAGUUUCUAUUAAAAAGUCAAAGGUUCACAGUAGAAUACCUCCCCAACGAAAUAGUGAUUCUAAAAAGAAAACAUUGAUCGUGCAACGUUUGAUACAAACCAAGAGAGCAUGUGGUGUCCGUGUUGCAAAAAUUUCCCAAAUCAUAGCUGGACUGUGUCCCCGAAAUUUCCAAUUUCCACAAAGUUUUAGACCAAACGCAUUUUGUAGUUCUCCAGUUUUUAUUUCAAACCAACACGGACCGAUAAGAGUAAGCUAACCGCAGGGUACACCGGAACGCAUUUAACUCGUUAACCGCGAGAUUAAUUUUUUACCUCGUCUACUUAACAAUAAUAACGCGUUUGCAAUACUUACGUGCCUACAACGACUGCAUUUCUACGAAACGUUUCUUUUUAUACGGGUCGCUCGUGGCCCCCUGGCGCAGGGAGCUCUGUAAUUUCUUCGAAAAAUAAAGUGUCAUUA